AUCUUGUCGGAAAAAAUGGGGGAAAAAAAAAAAAAAAAAACUCCAACUCGAAGAUGGAUGAAAAUAAUCGCGAUGCUGGCUGAACGAUGCUUGCACGGGCUCACGCGUGAUAUUAUUAUUACUACUACUACUACUACUACUACUAUUAUUAUUAAUAUUGCUGCUAAUGCUGCUACUACUAUUACUAUUAUUAUGAUUACGACGAUGAUAAUGAUUAUUAUUAUUACUAUUACUACUACCACUACCACUAUUACUAUUACUAUCACUAUCACUAUUACUAUUACUAUUACUAUUGCUAUUGCUACGAUUACUAUUACUAUUUCUAUUGCUACGUCUAUUAUUACUAUUAUUAUCACUACUAUUUCUUCUACCACUAUUACUAUUAGAGUGUCUACUGUAGAUGUACGCAUAUAUCCACAUGUACCAAAGAACAGUUGAACAUAUUUGUACAUCUGAUAUUUACAUGGACACGUGCAUGUUUAAAAAGCGUAAUAGAUCUUGAAUGUAUUUUUGGCGCGGAAACACGGAGCCACGAUCGUAAUGAGAAGCACAGUAAGAUUGUUGAAAUAAACUUAAAUAGACUCUCGUUACGAGUUGGCUUCGAUAUCGUGUUAUUGUAUCACGAUCUCGAGUCAGAAACGUAAUCGCGAAUCAAUUCAAAAAUGUCAGAGAAAACGAUA